GACCAUACCUUCAACUCGACCCUCGCACCCACGCCAACAUUGUUUCUUCUUGCUUCUUUUGAGAUUGACAGCCUCACAUGGUCAAGUCGAAUCGUUCCAGAUAUCUCCUCACAUUUGUAACUGUAACCUCUACCAUCGUCAUUAGCGUCAUUCCGCUUUUCUCUCUUACUGUACACGUGCUUUCAAUACAGACAGACCAGUGCCACCCAAGAACCACGCUUCCUGGAUUAAAGUCUCCCGAGCUGAAGCAUCCAUCCCAUGAUCAGCCAGCCAGUCAAGAGUGUGAUACUGUAUAAAUUCCAGCCACAAACGAAGCUGUCCCCGUCGAAACUCUGAGUGUGCACAUAGUCCAAGGGCCUUCUGUAUGUGGUCCACCGCGCGUUGCAUGCGGCGACUGCAAGACGCGAACGUUUGAUGUGAGAGGGAGGACAUGGCAGAGAGAAGCUUUUCGCGCGCUAGCAAUUGACAGCAAUCCGUGCAAAGAUCUCAGCACCCACCACCAACACGCGAAAGGGAGGUAGCACCCGGGCGAGCGGGCAACAACUGCAGAUACAAGUUUCGUGUGCGAAACAGCAGAGCGGCGAAGACGCAAGACCAAUCUCAUGGAAUGUCGGGCCACAACGACGGGGUCAAUCUCCCGUCAAGUCUGCACCUAUUCCCAGAAACCCAAACCGCAUGCGGUCAAGCAUCGAAAUGGCAACAAGACGGCGAGAAUGACCCCUCCCCUCCUACAAGCGGGAAUGAUGUUCGUAAAAUUGGCUCUUGCCCCCUCAUUCCGUUCGAGAAGAACGCAAACGAGGAGUGUUGAAUAUCUCCCGCUAGUUUAGGUGCACGUGUCACGAGGUAUAAAAGACGCGCGACCAGAUAAGAACGGGAUUUCGAACGAGUCGUCACAGCUCGGGCCUGCGCUUCGCUGGGGCGCCUUGACGAGCCUCGUUCCGCCAAGGAGGGGCAGUCAUGCUACAACCCUGUCAAGUCUCGCAACGAACCUCCGAGUGCAGUAUGCAGUACGUCGGACGACGCCCAGACUUACAUCUACCAAAGCCGAGCCGCGUGCCCGCACGCGCUCUAGCCGCCAGAUACGCCCAUCAUCGGCUGAUUGUCGAUCAUCACCCGUCUCACGCUCGAGCUUUCUGGCUUUUGCUAUAUGAUUGCGUCAGGUGACGCCAUUGUGACGAGGUCGCACUCGUGUGCUUCCAUAGCCGAGGUGUUACAGUAUCGCACCGAAGCGUCCUCUCGUCGGACCAACUCCGGACGCGAAGGCCGGACGAGCUGAGGUCUGAUACGUCAGCUUGUCGGCUUUGUCAUGGUGUGAAGAGCUUGCGUGCUUGGGGCAAUACGGAAAGAAGGCUUUGAGGCUGAAACGAUUUGCAUUCGAGGUCUGCAAAUCUU